CACUCGCAGCUCAUCCUUGCCACCACCUUAUUUGCUCUCACCAACGCUGACGGCAAUCCUGCCGAUGUUCAAGCGUCGAUAUUAAGGUAUGAUAAUGACUUGCGACCCGACGGCAGCUACAACUAUGCAUACGAAACAUCGAAUAGGAUUCAGGCUGAGCAGAGCGGCGUUGGCAGUUCCUAUGCAUCCGGCUCUUAUUCAUACAUCUCACCUGAAGGACAGCCCAUACAAUUAUCCUAUACAGCCAAUGAAAAUGGAUACCAGCCCAGGGGUGAUCAUUUGCCAACGCCACCACCAAUUCCGGAUUACAUCCUUAAAGCAUUAGCUUACAUCGAAGCACAUCCAUUUGAAAAAAUCCAGCUGAAAAAGAGAAAGUAA